AUGAGCAAGAUCUCCAAGUUCUUCAAGGGGGGCGGCUCGGCUGGCUCCAAGGGCCGCAGGGGUCCCUCGCCGCAGGAGGCGCUGGCCCGGCUGCGGGAGACGGAGGAGAUGCUCAGCAAGAAGCAGGAGUACCUGGAGACGCGGAUCGAGCGGGAGCUGGCGCUAGCCCGGCAGCACGGCACCAAGAACAAGCGAGCUGCCUUACAAGCACUGAAGAGAAAAAAGAGGUAUGAGAAACAGUUGAAUCAAAUUGAUGGGACACUUUCGACCAUUGAGUUCCAGAGAGAGGCAUUGGAAAAUUCCCACACCAACACAGAAGUGCUCAAGAAUAUGGGUUAUGCUGCACAAGCUAUGAAAAAAGUACAUGAAAAUAUGGAUUUGAACAAAAUUGAUGAUUUGAUGCAAGAUAUCACUGAACAGCAAGAUGUUGCCCAGGAAAUUUCAGAUGCUAUCUCAAACCGAGGCACCUUUGGUGAUGAGUUUGAUGAGGAUGAGUUGAUGGCAGAAUUAGAAGAACUGGAGCAAGAAGAACUGAACAAGGGAAUGAGAGAUGUCAGGUUGCCAAGUGUUCCGUCCACAUCGCUGCCUUCUCGCCCUGCAUCAACCAGGAAAAGAGCAGAGGAUGAAGAUGAAAUGAAGAAACUGGCUGCCUGGGCUUCAUAAGAGCGUGGUCUUUCUAUAACACCAAACAUUACAGUGCAGAAUGUAAGGAGCUGUACUGCUGUUUUAUAACCACACUAUGGUUGCAUUUCAUACAGGCUGGGGUUUUCUAUGGUACAUCUUGCCGAGACUCAUGUUACUGCUAUAUUACAAAAUUAGCUUA